AUUCUGACUCUUUCUUUUUAUCAAUAUUUUGUGGUUGAUGUGAGGGGUAGAAAUCCCUAGCUUAUACAAGUACAACCAAUAGUUCAAAGCAGGAAACAGAGAAGUGAAUACAUGUUCUCCUAUAGGUAAAGAGUGACCGAAAGAAGCAAUAAAGUCAGCCACAAAAUUUGCUCCCCUGUAUACAUGAGUGAGGCAAACGUGCCACUGUAAUGCAAAGAGACAUUGUAUCUCAGUGACCAAAACAAAGUGCGGAUGAGUGGGCACUACAAACCAAAUAAGCCUAAGUGUCGUUGGCGAGUCGUUUUGUGUAAAAAUAUUCCAAAUCCAAAAAUUCCAGACAAUCCUGAGACAAUGCGCAACUCCAUCCAAAUCUACACAGGUAAUGGAAACCCCCUCUCCCCAUGGUCCAUUGUGUCCCCUCACGAUGUCACUCGUCACCUUGCUACAAGAAGAGUGAAAGAUUGAUCUGUCAACAUUCAAGCAUGCCCAGACGUGUGGUGGUGACAUCCAACAAAUUAGCUUUCUUUGUAGUGCUCUCCCUUCUCCAAAUAUUGAUAACAACAUAUUUAUACAUGUUCUUCCCCUCAUUUAUUGGUCGUUUGGGGUUGAUAUCUUGCAUCCAAAGCCUAUUUUACGAUAGGUUGUGUUCAUUUGUCAUAUUGCAGGUCCUAAUACGUGAAGAAAGGCUUAGGAGCAAGUUCGGUGAAUUGGAAGAUGACUAAGACUUCGGAGGAAAACUAGCUGAAUUACACGAGGAUGGCUUAUGGGUGAUGAUACACGACCAUGCUUUGUAAGGAACAAACUGAUAACAUCGGAUUUGCACAUGUUUGCACCAUCAUUUCUUGAUCAUUUUGGCUUGAGUUUCUGCUUUCUUGGACUAUUUUACGCUAGGUUGUGUUCCUUUGUCACAUUUCAGGUCCUAGCGUGUCAAGUUUUUGGCGCCGUUACCGGGGACUUUCUAGAUUAUUAGGAAAGGCAGAAGUUUGUUACUUUAGAAUUUUUUUCCACCCUUGCUUUUCACUUGGGUGUUUUUUUUUUUGUUUUUUUUUGUUGGUGCAGAUCUGAAUCAUGGAUCCUAAUGGCUUCUCCAACCAUUGGGGGUAUCCACCACCAUCCGAGUGGUAUUACCCCGAGACUCCCUGGAGUAACCAAGGAGGAGAAUACUAAGGAUUCGGGUUUCAGUACCAACCUCCCUACUACGAAGAACAAUCAGACCCUUGGGUAUUUCAAGAACAAUCUCCUUAUCAAGAAGAAUUCCUCCCACAACAAGAAGGACCAUCAGAUCUUGGGUUUGCCACAGCCUUCACGGGCGAUCCGGCAGAGCCAUGCUACACUCCACAGCCAGAUCCAAACUAUCACUUGAGGCUUCUCGUGGAGCAGAUUGCUCGAGUACCUGAGAGAUCCUUUCCCGAGAUGGAUCCUCAUAUCCAGGCCAUUGUCCAAACUGACUUCUCAUUUCCCCGUGAAACAGAGGAUACCCUUCGGAGCAUAAAGGAGCACAUAGAGGUCAUUAAGAAAGCCGGUUCACAGUUUUCUCAAGACAACCUUUAUGCUGCCAUACAAGUAGAGGUGGAGGAAGAAGAAGGCAAUCAUGAGGAUGUUGAGGAGCAUACAGAAGUUGUCAAGGAAAUCUCCCAUGAUAAUCAUGAUCAAGUAUAUCCUCUGGUGGUAGAUCACAACUUUCCCCAUUUCCGCUCUGACAUGCUGGGCCCGAGCGAGGAGAUGCAAGCUGAACUUAUUGAGAACCUUGCAUGGCGACUUGCUCUCCAAUCAGUUAUGGAAGAAGAAGAUAGAGAAAGGGUGAGGAAAGAAGUUGUGGAGGAUGAGGAAGAAAGCAAAGAAGAGGUAGUUCUUGAUCUUUUCCGAGGAGAGAGACCACAUUUUGAAGAAGGAAGAGGGGUUGAAGAAGCGAGUGGUGUCCAGGCUGAGGAUGAAGUUGAGGUGGAAGAGGCUUGCACCGGCCCAAUAAUACAAGUAAUAUCCCCACCAAAAUUCGAGGAACUGCUUAGCAAGGACCUAUUUGCAGUGUCUCUUUGCCAGACCAAGGCCACAUCGACAUCGGUCCCUCUUGGUGGAUGCGAUGGUGGCCAAUCUAUGUUGUCAUAUAUGGUUUGGGGAAAUGGGACGAGAGAAGAGAAGAAGAGGUCUCGAGGAUGGAGACUUCAUCUGCAUCAAGUGCACGAGCUUCCAUCACUAGUCAUACCACAUGCUCGUGACUUGCGACUCCACCUCAUUGACGAGAACCUCAACUUCAAGGAGUUUCUAGCAUGGACCGAAACUUAGGAGCCAUCGUCCGGCUCACGACGUGAAAGAAGCGCUUGUUGGGAGGCAACCCAACCAGUCGGUUUGCAUUUCUUUCUCUAUUUCUCCUCGGUUGAGUCAGUUUUGUUAUUUGAUUUUAGAGUCAAUAACUCAACCUUUGUGAGAUUUUGUGUGGUGUUUGUGUUCUGAUUACUCUCUCUUUCUGGAAUGCACCGCUUGACCCGUCCAUCAUCAUUCACCCUUGAUCUGGUAACUUCGUUCUACUCUCCUUAUCUUUCCUCCAUUGAGGACAAUGUCGUGCUUAAGUGUGUGUGUGUGGGGGGGGGUGUUUGAUUAUGUAUGCGGGUGAAUGUUUGGCUGUUUGUGUGCUUGGAGCCUAGUCCACUGUCCAAAUUUGAGAUUUGAGGGCUCCAAGUACUGCUGUUUGCUUGAUCAUAUUGGCACUGUGGUUUUAAUUGGUGAAUUGAAUGACUUUCGACUUAAUGCAUGACAACUGAGGUGUGACUAGGACAACCUAUAAUGAUGACUGAGACGUGUAGUAGAAUUUUGUAGGGGUUUGGUUUUUCAACUGUUUGCUUACCAACUGUGACUUGGAUUGAUAACUUGUUCUUGACAGUUGGUUGUGCAUCUAGUUCAGGGAAUCAGAAUGAGAGAUAGAGCAUAUAGGUAGCCAUGUGAGAUUUGAGCGUGCUCGUUCUUUCUUGUGCGAUAGUUCCCUCUUCCAUGAUGUGUAGCAUUCACGUUGUCAUUAGCUAAGAUGUUGGAGGCAUAGGAUUAGCCCACGACCAAAUUGACUGUCCUGAUGUGUCAUAUCCUCUAGUCAGCCCCUUUGAGCCGUGUGUUAUCCUUUCUUUCAGUCUACAAUGAAAAAUCACCCUUUUGCAUCUUUUAGAAGGUUCCACAGAGUGGUUUUUACAUGUUCUCUGAUGUUUCUGCUAAAUAUAAUGUGAGGGUUGGAGGUAGUGCUUAAAAGUUGGGCAUAUGUUUGAAAUAUGUGCAGAGGUGGUGGUUCUCUUAAGGAAUGAAAAAAAAGAAUGAAAGAAAAAAAAAUGAGAGCAAAAGAGAGCCACUACCAAAAAUCUGAAUAGUGCCCAUUAAGUAGUGUUUCUUAGCAGUCUGGCUUGGAAAUGCUGACAUUUAUAUAACCUCCUUCGCUCGUGUGCUCGUAAGAAUUUGACUAAUGCAGAAUGGCAGAAAGAAAGUAAGUGGUUUGAUUGACUGUGAUUGUGUUGGGUUUGGAAUUGUGGAACCUUGUGCUACGAAUACUUCCACCACCUAAAAGGCCUUUUCCCCAUGUCCAAGACCCUAGCCAGUCAUCUGAACCUGUGUCUAAGACCUCCGGAUUAGUUAGUGAUGACACCUCAUAUGUGAACUCUAGCAUUUAGAGGCUGCCGUCAUAGUGAAGAGAUGUUAGGGAUUGAGAGAAUAAGCAUGCGCAUUUUCUCAUAUUGUCCUCACCCCACUGGUCGAGAGUGAGCGAUUCAUUUUCUCAUGUUCUCUAUAAUCUUGUACCCCGGUGAAGACCUAGAUUGCUCGGUCUCUAUUCUGAUAUCUUGAGUUUUGUGCAUGAGGUGACUGUCUUGAGUAAGUGGUUGAGUCAAGUCUAUGUUGAUUGAUGAACAGAAGGGAGACUCCUCCUUUACUCAAUUUUGCUGCACUCGAAUGUCCUCUGUGGUGGUUGUCCAGGUUGCGGUUGAAGUUGUUCAUGUGUUGAUGUUUGAAAGCCAGUGUGAUUCCCAUGUUUUGUGCCUAUAUGAUUUGUCCCCAAUGUUGGUAUGAUUGAAAUUGUGAGCUUACCUUGUGUCUGACUUGGUUUGCUUGGGGACAAGCAAACGGUUAAGUGUGGGGGAGUUUGAUAACAUCGGAUUUGCACAUGUUUGCACCCUCAUUUCUUGAUCAUUUUGGCUUUAGUUUAUGCUUUCUUGGACUAUUUUAUGCUAGGUUGUGUUCCUUUGUCACAUUUCAGGUCCUAGCAUGUGAAUUGAAGCAUAGGCACAAGUUUCAAGUCAAUCGGAGAUCAUUUGGCAAUUCGAAAGAAGAAACACGAGCAUGACCUAAGGAAUAAUGGACUUCUACCUCAUAUUAUGGACAAAUAAUCAUGGAAUUUUGUCAUGAAAAGAAAGAGCACGAGACUACGAGCGUCUGGGAUCAAACGGCGACUGAUUCGGAGUCCGGACAAGGGAGAAACGAAGCAUUAAACAGAGGCUGAGCAAGCCACACGGGCACACCUAAAAACCCACACGAGCGUGUGACCUGGCCAUGAGGCCAUGUGGGAUUUACCGAGCACUCACACGGGCAUCCUGGGGAGCCAUACGGCCGUGUGGCCCCUGCCCGUGUAGCUUGCCUGGUUUCCCAUUAAUCGAAACUCCGCGUUUUGGCACUCACACGGGCAGCUGGGUAAGCCACACGGUCGUGUGGCCUGACCAUGUGAGUCGGGAAUCUCUGGUUUUAAGCCAAAUUUCGAGCCAAAGGAGAGGGAGAGCUGGGUUUUGGUUUCCAAACACCCAAGGGACAAACCCUAGAGAGAGAGAGCGACUUGGGAACAUUCUUGGAGCUAUUUUGGAGGAUUUCUUCGCCAUUGGAGCUCGGGAAUCAAGCUUAGAGAUGGAGAUUGAAGAUCUAGAUAAGAUUGCUGCAGUCUCUCUCUUCUCUAUGGAGUAACUUCCCUUCACUUAGGUUUUGAGGAACCCUAGUUCCAUGUGCUAGGAUCUUUCUUGUAUGAAGUUUUGGAUGCUAUAUUGUUUGAUUAUAAUCGAUUGAGGCAUGAUUUAUAGAGUCAAUUGAAGCCUGAUCAUCUUCUCUUGAUUUCAGCUUUAACCUAUGAUAGAUAGAAUCUGAUUAGGUUAAGAGAGCUUCCUUGAUUGAUAGUGGUGAAUUGGUUGUGCGAGAGUCAAUCAAUUCACUGCUUUGUACUGUAAUUCAUUCCAGUAGUGGAGAUCUGUGUGAAUCGCCUUAGCAGUCUAUCCCGGUGAAGGCUAGUCGCCUGCCGGGUAUUCUGUCUAAGAGGGCUUGGUCAGCUUAAGAGAUUCCAAGCUAAUUUAGCAUCUUCCGCAGUUUAAUCAACUGUAGACCAACCA